AUGAACAAUGGAGAAAUGAAUAAGACAGUACAUAGGUGGAGGGCUCAAGAAUUAUGUGUAGAAACAAAGAUAUGGUGUGAAGAUGGUUAUUGCUGUAAUGAUGGGAAAUGUUGUUUAUAUUAUCAUGAAACUUGGUGGUUUUGGUUAAUAUGGGGUAUAAUAUUUCUGAUAUUGAGUUGUUGUUUUUACCAUCGAGAUAGAAUAUGUAGAUGUUGUCGGUCAUCACGUAACAGAAAUAGUACAUUAGUUGGUACCGUUUCCCAUCCAUAUCAUCAUAUAGUAUCAACUACAUCAUCUUCAAAUAUUCCAUUUUGUGAUCCAAAUGUGAGACUUCCGUCCUAUGAUGAGGUGCCAAUAAUUCCUAAAAAUCCACCACCAGAAUAUAAUCAAGUCUGCUGUAGUCCAGUUUUACCAGAGACUUCGCUUCAAAGACCAAAUAUCUGUGAUGAUAUAGAAGAAAGAGACUGGGAGACACCUAUGGGCACACCUCCACCACCUUACUCUCCUUUACAUGAGCAAUAA